GAAACGCACCACUCAACAGUCAACACCAUCCCACUAAUCUCUCUCGUUACCUUUUCAGCAAAGCCCUCUCUCUCUCUCUCUCUCUCUCUCCCUGUUAUAUCUAUAAAAAUCAAUAUUAUCCUCCUACUAGUACUAUUCUUAUCUUCCAAGAAGGGAGAAAUAAACAACCCCCACCAACAAAGAAAGAGAGGGUAGAAGAAGGAACCCUCAUCAUCAUCAUCCAAAAUAUAAUCAACACUCCACACCCAACUAUUUAUAUACAUCUACAUCUCUAUCUCUAUCUUAAUGGCCCAGCUGGACCAAAUUUUAUGUGAGAAGAAGAAAAUCAAAUUCAAUACAUACAAAAACAAAAACCAAAAAGCACGACCAAGAAAAGAAAACAAAGCAAGCGAAGAGGUGUCUUGAACUGUCCUCCCUUCUGAUCCAACAAAACACACCUCACACACACACACACACAAUCAUGUUUCCUUAUUUACCCUUCUGCAACCCCCCUUAUUAUUCCCAUCUUCAUCGCUUCCUUGUGUCUAAACUAUUGUGUUUUCAUGUGGGCUUUUUGGGCUUUCUUUACUCUGAUCACAAACUAUUUCUCAAGAAAUUUCUUUUCAACCAAUAUACAAGAAACUUCUCGCCUCCUCACCCUUUUAUUCUUUCUUUGUUGCCCUUCUUUUAUUUUUCUCCUUCCUUCUUAUCAAACCCAUCUUUUUCUCUCCCUGUCUUUUAAUCUAUCUUUGAUAUUAUCUGCUAUUCUUUAAUUUGUUUUUCUUGAGAUCUGAGAGGAUUGAUCAAGAUGAUGAAAAGGGUUGCUUUCGAUUUAUCUCGUUAUGGUUCUUAUGGGGAUGCUAAGGCCAUGUCCAAGCUUCAAAAUCUGAUGCAAGAUUAUCAGGAAUUGCUGAAGGAGGUUGAAUCAUCAAGGAACAAGUUAGGGAACGUGAAACAGAGGAAAGGGACAUUACAGGCCGAAGUAAGAUUUCUGCGGCGAAGAUACAGGCAACUUAUAGAAAGCAAGUCUAUGACCCAAGAGCGGGGCAAGGAACCUGUUCAACAACAUAAUGUAAAAGAUAAAAGGAAAAUUAUUUUGAAGGUUAAAAAUACCAACAAGAAAGAGGCUGCUUUAAGAGGUGUGCCUGUGCCCCCAGUUUUUAAACCGAACAAAGUAAGAGUAUAUAACAGAAAUGAUAUUUCUCUUCACAAUACAACUCCAAGCAAUGAUCCAAACCAUAAAAGAAAACAUCACAAUGGAAAGAAUGCAACUCGCUUUACUCCGACAACUUCAAAGUUAAACCCAAAGGGAAGGUUGUACAAAGGGAAAGAUGUAGCUCCUGAUCAAAGUCCAAUAGAGAUGAUUGAUUUAAACAAGCGGGAAGAAGCAUUUAAUGCAAAUGGUGUAGCUGUGAAUAUGCAUACCCCAGCUUCUGUUCUUGAUUUAACUGAAAGUGAUGUUAAACAACCCACACACCAAACACGGGCUCCUAUUUUUGACUUGAACCAGAGACUGGUAGAAGAAGAGGAAUACCAGGAUAAUUGUGAGAUAGCAAGGCAAGACAAGCUAUCUGAGUUGAAGUUAUCGCUUUGUAGAAGUGUUGGAGACGGUUCCAAUCGCGCGGUAAAGAGGAAGAUCUCGUGGCAAGAUCCAGUUGCUUUGAGGGUGUGAUUAGCUAUAUUGAAUAUUCAUUAGUCAAUUAAUGUAGAAACAAAGGAAGACUAUAGAAGAAGAUUGAAGUACAUAAGAUAUGUAUUAACAGUUGUGUUAUGUCAUUGCUAAAACAGGCUCUAAUAUUAUGGUGGUUUAUGUUAA